ACUCUAAACUUCUGAUUUUCUACUAGCAAAUUUUGAACUUUGCAAUCUCGGAAAUGUUCCAAUUUGUUCUAGAACAUUCCUCAGAUUGAUCUCAAAAUUUCUGAAUUUUAUUUUAGCAAAUUUUUGACUUUUUAAACUCAAAAAUGUUCAUGUCUUCUAGAACAUUUUUGAAAUUAAUCUAAAAAGUUCAGUUUUUUUGGAGAAAAUUUGCUCUUCCUUUUUGUUUGGCCUUGAUACGUUGUGGUGGCGGAAAUGCUAAUGCUAAUGCUAAUACGAGGCUCCAGGUGUUUUUCCUCUUUCAACCUGAUCAAAUCCCAGUCAGUAGACAAAUGUAAGGAGAUAUUUUGAAAACACCUACGUCUGAAGUCUCUGGUUCUGGGUGAAAUGGCCGACGGUCCUCCAGGCUCACACACCGGGUCCAUUGUCAUGGCGAUGACAUCAUCACUCUGUACCAGCGGGGAAGAGCUCUGGUUCCCACUGCAGAUGGGAGCAGCAGACCGAGCUGCUGGAGGAAAAACAAACCGCUUCAAAAUGGGCGUCAACGCUGUAACCAUGGUAACAGUUCUGCUCGCCUCUUUGACCCCUUCCUUCGCCACACAAGUGGGCCUCAGUGAGAAGGUCCUGGUCUUCCCGUAUGAGACGGACUUCAGCUUCGUGGCUCUGAUCCCUCAGAAGGAGAUGGCGCUGCGGGCCUUCACGCUCUGCAUGCGGGUGGCCACCGAGCUGCCCGAGGAGCGCCAGAUCAUCCUGUUCGCCUACCGCACCGCCGACUACGACGAGCUCAACGUGUGGCGCGAGAAGGAUGGCCGCGUCUCCUUCUACCUGAGCGGCGACGGCGUCUUCUUCCGCCUGCCGCCGCUCAGCACCUUCCGCACCAGCCUCUGCCUCACCUGGGAGUCGCGCUCCGGCCUGGCCGCCUUCUGGGCGGACGGCAGGCGCAGCACCUACCAGGUGUACAAACCGGGCCACAGCGUGCGGCCCAAGGGCACCGUGCUGCUGGGCCAGGACCCGGACAAACACCUGGGCGGCCUGGAGGCCACGCAGAGCUUCGUGGGCGAGAUGACGGACGUCAACAUGUGGGACUCUGUGCUUUCCCGGAGCAUGAUCCAGGCCUGGCACUACGGACACAAAGUCCCCAAGGGGAACAUCUUCGACUGGGCCAGCGUGGAGUACGAGCUGAGCGGCAACGUGCUGGUGGUGGACGACGACUGACGCGAUGCGGGGGACCCGGCGGGCCGAGGUCCGGCUGUGGAGGGCAGCACCGCACUGCUGCUGCUGGCGCCAGCCCUGUGGUGGUACGCAGGAAGAUUAGGGCCGGUCUGGGUGGAAUAAAAACACACAGGAGGACAUUUACACCAAAAACCUCAGCUUCAAAAGUCAAAAACUGACUUGAAAAGAAAUUUGAAGAUUAAUUUAAGAAAUUUUCUAGAAAAAAA